ACAACGAAUUUGGGUCAACCCCAAAAUCCUCCGCCCUCUCCUCUCCGUCUCCUUCCUCUUCUAGAAAUUUCGGCCCUCGACUAAAUCUCCACCCCCCAAUUCAAAAAACGCGCUGCAUAUUUCCUUUUUUUUUUUCCUUCUUUUAUAAAUGAAGCCGACUUCUUGUCACUGGAAUCUCAAAAGAGGGGUUUCUAGGGUUUUUGACGAAAUGAAUCCGGGGAGGAGAUAAAUAUUUCCACAGCUUUCGGUACAAAAUCUGACGAAAUCUCUGAACCCAUUCGAAAAACGCGCUAAAAUCUCGAAACCCCCCCUUAAAAAGCCGACGCCUUCGUCGCUAGAAUCUCAAAAGCUUGGGCCUUUAGGGUUCUGAGGGAAAUGAACUGAGGAUAUCCAUCAGUUCUUCGGCCGGGGGUCGGAGAUGGAGGGUUCGAAUCCUUUGCCGCCUUUCCUCGCGAAGACUUACGACAUGGUCGACGACCCCUCGACGGACGCGAUCGUCUCGUGGAGCGCUUCUAACGACAGCUUCGUCGUCUGGGAUCCUCUGGAGUUUGCGAGGGAUUUGCUGCCCAAAUUUUUCAAGCACAAUAAUUUCUCCAGUUUCAUCCGCCAGCUCAAUACUUACGGAUUUAGAAAAAAAGACCCUGAGCGAUGGGAGUUUCACAACGAUGAGUUUAUAAGAGGUCAAAGACAUCUCUUGAGAAAUAUCCACAGACGCAAACCAAUACACAGCCAUUCACUACACCACCAUGGUCAAGGCUCAUUGCCAUUAGGAGAUUCUGAAAGACAAGAGCUUGAAGAUGAAAUCAGAAGACUACAACGAGAAAAAGACAUUCUUAUGGCGGAGCUACAAAAGCACACGCAGCAACAACACAGUAUGGAGAAGCAAAUGCAAGCUUUAGAAGAUAGAUUGCUAAAUAUAGAGGUUCGUCAAAGGAAUAUACUGGCUAAUGUGUCACAGUUUAUACAAAGGCCCGGGUUUCUCUCAAACCUGAUAUCUUCGUCUGAUCUUCACAGUAAAAAGAGGAGAUUACCUGAAAAUAACUUGUUCAACGAGGAUGCAUUUGAAAAGAUGGAGUCAUCUUUAGAUUCAUUGGAAAAUCUAUUUCGUGAAGUAAGUCAGGUUUCUGAUGAAGACAUUUAUUGUGAUGGUACAAAUCCUUCUACUGUUGUUCUCACCGAGAUUCAUGCACCAUCAUCUCCUAUCUCUUCACCUUGCCUAGAAAAUAUUCAUUCAUCCCCCGAGCUCGAAGAAUCCACUAGCUAUGCAGAAAGUCCUAAGAUUUUGGUGACACGUGAUAAGGUUUCUGAGAUCGAUGUGGACUCUGAGCCUUCUAAUGUGCGCACUAGGGUAAAUGAUGUUUUUUGGGAGCAGUUUCUAACUGAAACUCCUGGCUCAGAUGAGAGAAGAGAAGCUGAUGGUAAAAGAAUGGAAAUGGGGAGUUUCUGGUUGAAUCGAGAAAAUGUUGAACAUUUGACUGUGAAAAUGGGGCAUCUUACUCCUGAUGAGAAAACCUAACUGAAGAUUUUGCUGAGUUUGUUGUCUUGAGAAUGAGAAACUGAAUUUGGUUAAUGGUGUACUGUUUACUGGUGGCUGGGCUAAAAAGGGCUUAUAUUUUGAGACAGCAAAUAAAAUUUUUCAG